GGAGUUUUAUUUUUUCAUAUGUUUUCAUGUUACUUAGUGUCCUUUUGUUUAAACUUGAGAAUUCCCUUUAGCAUUUUUUGUAAGGCAGGUUUAAUGGUGUUGAAAUCUCACAGCUCUUAUUUGUCUGGUGAUAUGAUUUGGCUCUGAGCUCCCACCCAAAUCUCAUCUCUAAUUGCAAUCCCCAGGUGUCAAAAGAGGGACCUGUUGGGAGAUGAUUGGAUCAUGAGGUGUGUUCCCCCCAUUAUGUUCUCAUGAUAGUGAGGGUAUUCUCAUGAGAUCUGAUGGUUUAAAAGUGGCAGUUACCCCUGUGCACAUGCUCUCUGUCUCUCCUGCUGCCUUGUGAAGAAGGUACCUGCUUCCCCUUCACCUUCCACCAUAAUUGUAAGUUUCCUGAGGCCUCCCCAGCCACAAGGAACUGUGAGUCAUUUAGACCUCUUUUGUUUAUAAAUUACCCAGUCUCAGGUGAUAUCUUUUAGCAGUGUGAAAAUAAACAAUACAGAGAAUUGGUACUGGCAGAGUGAGGUACUGCUAUAAAGAUAAUCUGAAAAUGUGAAGGCAACUUUGAAACUGGGUAACAGGCAGAGGUUGGAACAGUUUGGAGGGCUCAGAAGAAGAUAGGAAGAUGUGGGAGUUUGAAACUUCCUAGAUACUUGUUGAAUGGUUUUGACCAAAAUGCUGAUAGUCGUAUUGACAAUGAAGUCCAGGCUGAGGUGGUCUCAGAUGGAGACGAGGAACUAUUGGGAGCUGGAACAAAGGUCAUUCUUGCUAUGCUUUAGCGGAGGCUGGCAGCAUUUUGCCCCUGCCCUAGAGAUCUGUGGAACUUUGAACUUGAGAGAGAUGAUUUAGGGUAUCUGUCAGAAUAAAUUUCUAAGCAGAAAAGCAUUCAAGAUAUAACCCGGCUUUUUCUGAAAGCGUACAGUCAAGUCGUAUGCCUUCACAAAGAGAUGGUAUGAAAUUGGAACUUACGUUUAAAAGGGAAGCAAAGCAUAAAAGUUUGGAAAUUUUGCAGCCUGACCAUGUGGUAGAAAAGAAAAACCAAUUUUCUGAGGAGAAAUUCAAGCCGGCUGCAGAAAUUUACAUAAGUAACAAGGAGCUGAAUGUUAAUUGCCAAACAAUGGGGAAAAUGUCUCCAGGGCAUUUCAGAGGUCUUCAAGACAGAGGUCUUCAAGGCAGCCCCUCCCAUUACAAGCCCAGAGGCCUAGGAGGGAAAAAUGGUUUCAUGGGCCCCGCUGCUCUGUGCAGCCUUGGGACUUGGUGCCCUGUGCCACUCCAGCUCCAGCUGUGACUAAAAGGGUCCAUAGCUCAGGCUGUUGCUUCAAGGGUGCAAGCCCCAAGCCUUGGUGGCUUCCAUGUGCUCUUGGGCCUGCAAGUGCACAGAAAACAAGAGUUGAGCUUUGGGAGCCUCUGCCUAGAUUUCACAGGAUGUGUGGAAACACCUGGCUGUCCAGGCAGAGGCCUGCUACAGGGACACAGUCAUCAUGGAAAACCUCUAUUAGGGCAAUGCAGAGGUGAAAUUUGGGGUUGGAGCCCACACACAGAAUCCCCACUGGAGCACUGCCCAGUGGAGCUGUGAAAAGAGUUCCCCCAUCUUCCAGACCCCAGAAUGGUAGAUCCACUGACUGGAAAGUUGCAGGCACUCAGUGCCAACCCAUAAAGGUAGCCAUAGGGGCUGUACCCUGCAAAGCCACAGGGACAGAGCUGCCCAAGGCCUUUACAGCCCACCCGUUGCAUCAGCAUGCCCUGGAUGUGAGACAGGGGCUCAAAGGAGAUUAUUUUGGAGCUUUAAAAUUUAAUGACUUCCCUGCUAGGUUUUGCACAUGCUUGGGACCUGUGGCCCCUUUAUUUUGGCCAAUUUCUCCCAUUUGGAAUGGGAACAUUUACCCAAUUCUGUACCCCCAUUGUAUUUUGGAAGUAACUAACUUGUUUUUUAUUUUAAAGGCUCAUUGAGGGAAGGGACUUGCCUUGUCUCAGAUGAGACUUUGGACUUGGACUUUUGGGUUACUGUGGAAUGAGUUAAGACUUUGAGGGACUGUUGGAAAGACAUCAUUGGUUUUGAAAUCUGAAAAGGACAUGAGAUUUGGGAAAGGCCAGGGGAAGAAUGAUAUGGUUUGGCUCUGUGUCCCCACCCAAAUCUCAUCUUGAAUUGUAAUCCCCACAUGGGAUUACAUGGGAGGGGCCUGGUGAGAGUUGAUUGGAUCAUGGGGGUGGUUUCCCCUGUGCUGUGAUCUCAUGAUAGUGAGGGAUUUAAAAGUGGCAGUUUCCCCCACACAUACACACACUCUCUCUCCUAUCACCUUGUGAAGAAGGUGUCUGCUUCCCCUCUGCCUUCCAUCAUGAUUAUAAGUUUCCUGAGGCCUCCCCAGUCAUGGCUGAACACGGAUAGGAUGUUCAUGGAAUAUGUUGACAGGACAAAAAGUUGAAACUGUUGGCAGAAACCCAAAGUCAAUAUUGAAGCCAAGCAAAAUAUUGCCUGCAGUGCCACAUUAAAACAGCUUGAAGACCGUUCAUUUUUAAGUGACAAGAGACUCACCUCCAAGAAGCAGUUGUGUUUUCAGAAUGAUUUUAUUCAAGCAAGCAACUUAUUUCAUUUCCUUGUUUGCUACAGUUUCCUGUGGAUGUCUGACUCAACUCUAUGAAAAUACCUUCUUCAGAGGUGGGGAUGUAGCUUCCAUGUACACCCCAAAUGCCCAAUAUUGCCAAAUGAUGUGCACAUUCCACCCAAGGUGUUUGCUAUUCAGUUUUCUUCCAGCAAGUUCAAUCAAUGACAUGGAGAAAAGGUUUGGUUGCUUCUUGAAAGAUAGUGUUACAGGAACCCUGCCAAAAGUACAUCGAACAGGUGCAAUUUCUGGACAUUCCUUGAAGCAAUGUGGUCAUCAAAUAAGUGCUUGCCACCGAGACAUUUAUAAAGGAAUUGAUAUGAGAGGAGUCAAUUUUAAUGUAUCUAAGGUUAGCAGUGUUGAAGAAUGCCAGAAAAGGUGCACCAAUAACAUUCGCUGCCAGUUUUUUUCAUAUGCCACCCAAACAUUUCACAAUGCGGAGUACCGGAACAAUUGCCUGUUAAAGUACAGUCCCGGAGGAACACCUACCGCUAUAAAGGUGCUGAGUAACGUGGAAUCUGGAUUCUCACUGAAGCCCUGUGCCCUUUCAGAAAUUGGUUGCCACAUGAACAUCUUUCAGCAUCUUGCGUUCUCAGAUGUGGAUGUUGCCAGGGUUCUCACUCCAGAUGCUUUUGUGUGUCGAACCAUCUGCACCUAUCACCCCAACUGCCUCUUCUUUACAUUCUAUACAAAUGCGUGGAAAAUCGAGUCACAAAGAAAUGUUUGUCUUCUUAAAACAUCUGAAAGUGGCACACCAAGUUCCUCUGCUCCUCAAGAAAACACCAUAUCUGGAUAUAGCCUUUUAACCUGCAAAAGAACUUUACCUGAACCCUGCCAUUCUAAAAUUUACCCAGGAGUUGACUUUGGAGGAGAAGAAUUGAAUGUGACUUUCGUUAAAGGAGUGAAUGUUUGCCAAGAGACUUGCACAAAGAUGAUUCGCUGUCAGUUUUUCACUUAUUCUUUACUCCCAGAAGACUGUAAGGAAGAGAAGUGUAAGUGUUUCUUAAGAUUAUCUAUGGAUGGUUCUCCAACUAGGAUUGCGUAUGGGACACAAGGGAGCUCUGGUUACUCUUUGAGAUUGUGUAACACUGGGGACAGCUCUGUCUGCACAACAAAAACAAGUGCACGCAUAGUUGGAGGAACAAACUCUUCUUGGGGAGAGUGGCCCUGGCAGGUAAGCCUGCAGGUGAAGCUGACGGCUCAGAGGCACCUGUGUGGAGGGUCACUCAUAGGACACCAGUGGGUCCUCACUGCUGCCCACUGCUUUGAUGGGCUUCCCUUACUGGAUGUUUGGCGCAUUUAUAGUGGCAUUUUAAAUCUGUCAGACAUUACAAAAGAAACACCUUUCUCACAAAUAAAAGAGAUUAUUAUUCACCAAAACUAUAAAGUCUCAGAAGGGAAUCAUGAUAUCGCCUUGAUAAAACUCCAGGCUCCUUUGAAUUACACUGAAUUCCAAAAACCAAUAUGCCUACCUUCCAAAGGUGACACAAACGCAAUUUAUACCAACUGUUGGGUAACCGGAUGGGGCUUCUCGAAGGAAAAAGGUGAAAUCCAAAAUAUUCUACAAAAGGUAAAUAUUCCUUUGGUAACAAAUGAAGAAUGCCAGAAAAGAUAUGAAGAUUAUAAAAUAACCCAACGGAUGGUCUGUGCUGGCUAUAAAGAAGGGGGAAAAGAUGCUUGUAAGGGAGAUUCAGGUGGUCCCUUAGUUUGCAAACACAACGGAAUGUGGCGUUUGGUGGGCAUCACCAGCUGGGGUGAAGGCUGUGCCCGCAGGGAGCAACCUGGUGUCUACACCAGAGUCGCUGAGUACGUGGACUGGAUUUUAGAGAAAACGCAGAGCAGUGAUGGAAAAGCUUGGAUGCAGUCACCAGCAUGAGAAGCAGUCCAGAGUGUAGGCGAUUUUUACAACCUGAAUUCAAGUCAAAUUCUGAGCCUGGGGGUCCUCAUCUGCAAAGCAUGGAGAGUGGCAUCUUCUUUGCAUCCUGUCAUAGGGACAAAAGACACAGUGCACUCAGAGCUGCUGAGGAUAAUGUCUGGCUGAAGCCCGCUUUCAGCACGCCAUAACCGGGAGCUGACAAUGCAAGGUCGCAACUGAGAGCUCCAUGAUUGUGUGUUGUGAAAUAAAAUGGUAAAAGAUCACAA